GCACACUCGAAGCCUCCUUCUUACCAGUUUUGUAGCUGGUUUUGUUCACAUUGCCCAAAUUCCUCCGAAAACGACAAAGCAAAGCAUUCGAGAAAUAACCACCCAGAGCACCCACAAAACAGCAGCCCGAGCAGCAGCGACUAUUCGCGCCCAAGGAAAAGAACGAGGAAGCCCAAGAAGGAGCAAGAGGAAGGCCCUCAAUAAGAACAAGAGCAAGAGCAAAAGGAAAACAAACCUCUAAAACAAGAAGGUCCCGCCAUGACAGGAACAACCCAACACCAACAACAAACCGAAACCUCACGUCCAAAGGAAGACGCCAAAGCAGCAGAAGCGGCCAUGAUGAACCACUCCGGGCACAACACGCCAACAAAGACGAAAGCCCCGAUGGUCGAUGCGAACGCGGCAGAAGACAAGGUGGUCGGCGCAGUCAGUGCGGUCAGCAAGGGUCCAGCGGACCAACCAAGAGCAAGCACAAGCAGUGUUGGUAGUAAAACAAGCAGCAGCAAACGCGAAACAAGCAGCCACAACAAGCGCGAAAGCGACGCACGUCAUCCUUUCCUUCAAGAGCUCGUAGAGAGUAGCGAUGAUGGAGAAGGAGAAGAAGGAGCUACUACCACGGUUGUCCCAUCCAAAAAGCAAGAGUCGCUGGUCACGCCAUCUGCCGUGCCAGCAUCGCAAGCCUUGAAUCCAGGGGCGUUUGCCGUCGAAAAUUCCAUGGCGUCGAUGUCGCCACGUCCGCAGUCAGAGCAAGGAGAUGAAGAGCAAGUAGGAAGUCAGAGUAACACGUUUGUCACCACGAGUGUCACGGCCCGUCUCGUGACAGACGAAGACGACAACGAGAGACUCCGGGAGGAAUUAGAGCGAAUGAAGAGUGCUCCCACAGCAGAAGUCGUGCAGCCAGAAGAAGACAAGGGCGUGAGCAAGAACAAAAUUUGGGCCAUUAUUGCCAUCAGUGUGCUCGUCAUUACAGUCGUCAUUAUAAUAGUGGCCAGUGUCUUGGCAUCGGGAGGAGACAAUUCCGCAUCAGCUUCCCAUUCUGGCGACCAUGAAGACAUGUUUGAUGAAGAGCCUGCUCUGGUUGGCUCAUCCACUAUUGCUCCCACCAGCACGCCACCAUCCAGCACUACUACGUCGAGUUCUGCUACUACUACGGAAUUGCAUCAGUCCACUCUGGCGACAGUUCUAGAACGGGGCUUUAUUCGAUGCCGGGUAUCCAGUCUGGAACAGAUGGAAGGAACAGGCUUGAGUUUGGACUUGUGCCGCGCACUGUCGGCUGCCCUCUUUCAUGGGGACCCGGAUCGUACCGACAUGCCUCACUAUGUCUUUCGAGACAUGUGGGGUGCCAUUGCAAAUGGGACUGUCGAUGUGUCCACUGGCCCGGUGACCUUCCACAUGGGACGAGAUGUUUUUAUGCCCUUCUCCCGGAAACCAAUGUCCUUCUCAAGACCGUGGUACUACACUGGCGUUGCGGUUGCCGGGGAAGCAGAAAUGGUAGAGUGUGCCAACAGGGGCGAUACAUUGACUGGAGUGUGCAAAGACCUCGUAGUGUGCACCAAUGAAGGUACAACUACCACCGAGGUCAUCCGAGAUCACCUGGAUGGGUCGGGCAUUCACUUUGUAGUAGAUUCCGUUGACAUGUUUGAGGAACUUGCCCAGGGGAAAUGCAAUGUCCUCUCGGGAGAACCAGAAUCCAUCUACGAAUCCCGGGUGCGGGAAGCUGGAUACACGGGCGAGUAUGUUGUGAGUGACACUUUGCUCUCCAAGGAACCACUGGCUAUUCUGACCAGAGGAGAUGACCCUGCUUGGACUGAUUUUGUAAAUGCCGUUCUGCAAGCACUCUUGACCGCUGAAGCAGAGAACAUUACCCAAGCGAAUGCAAACAUGUUCCCUCAAACAAGCUUGUUUGGAGACGACUUUCGAGAUAUGUUCCGCGAUACCAUUGCGGCCGUGGGAAAUUGGGGCGAAAUGUUUGACCGGAGCUUGGGUCUUGUGGUCGAGAGAUCUGGACCCAACCUAUUAAACCUGGAUGUCCAGAACGCAUCUGGUCUUAUGUUCUCUCCUCCUUUGUCUGACCUGGACUUUAACAGACAGUUUCAACAAGAACCCGUCCCAGCUGUUCUAGCCAAUGAUACCCUGGAAGCUGUUGGCAACAGAAAGUACUUGAGGUGUGGAAUCUUUAUCAACCGACCAGGAUUUGCAGAUCAAACUUCAGUGGGUGCUGCGGCCAAAUUUAGUGGCUUGGAUAUUGACCUAUGUGGUUGUCUCUCAGCGGCUUUGUUUGCCGAUCCGAACAUGGUCCAGGUUGAGUUCGUUCCAUUGGUGGAUGAAGUAGCUGGUUUCAUGGCACUCUCUGAUGACCGUGUCGAUGUGGUGUUCGGGGUAGAGUAUACCCUGGAAGCUGACAUUCAAGAGCCAACCACGAAGGAGGGAUAUGAAUUCAGCCCAGUGUACUUUUAUGGUGAAGACGGAGAAAUGUUGACCAUGGUCACGAAUCAGAACUCAACCCAAUGGUCGGACUUUGUUCGUUGGACAAUCUAUGGCUUGAUCUACGCAGAAGAACACAACAUAAGCACGGAAGAUGCUGCUACCAUGCCUUCAGUAGACCUUUUUGGACCAGAGUACGCACAAAUGUUGCGGCUAAUGGUGUUGAAUUUUGGGAACUAUGGAGACCUCUAUGAAAGGAACUUGGAAGGGCUGAUACCUCGCCAAGGUCACAACAAGUUGAAUGACGGCAGUACUCCUUUGAUCCAUCCACUUCCUAUAGAGUACUUCGUCUAAUGCACGUCUACCGGUAUGGUGGUGUCUUCUCCGCUUUGGGGUCCUCGGCCAGGCAAGAUGGCCUUGUCAAGAUCCGGGUUGUUGAUCUAUCUUCGCGGCAACGUCCGAACUGGAUGAGCGAGCUUCGUCGGUUGUAUCCACCAUAUCCACGGCAAGAAUGAUUCGAUUCAUCCCGGAGCGGUCGAGCUGUCUCAACCAUACCGGUAGCAAUUGCUACCGCUAUCUUGCGGUUCUGACGAGAUUCACCAGAAUCUCCGAGAUUGCUCAUGGCGUUCCCGCAAUCCGCCGCCAUGACUUUGUUCUGUUUAUAUUUGCGUGCAUUCACGGUUGGACAUGUUGCAUUAACCCACUGUACAGUAACUGCUAAUCCUGCUGGGUUUGUUUCCCCUUUGCCUGAGCUGCCUUUGUUGGACUAUGUUGCUCAGAGCGCAAACAUCUUGUAUCAACGAACAGUUCUCCCCAUUUUCCCCGCUUGCAUUUGACACUGGACCAUUGCACUGCAGCUGAGCGGGCGAAACUGAGAGAGAUUGUGGACUUGUUAGCACUAACCAUGAAAUGUCAACGGGGCCCUCAAUACUGAAGAAGCGAUAGGCUCAAGGGAGCAUUGCGGCAAUCCAGAUUGCUACAUGUACAUCAGAUACCUGGUAGUUGCCGUAAGCAUAUGCAUCCGAGUUACGGUCAACAGUUUUGUAAUGUGAAAAACUAAAUGAAUAUAUGCAAAUUGCCACCU